UCAGGCGCAGCCAUGGCGGCGGCGUGUCCCCCCCCCGUCCCUCAGCCCCUUAUCCCUGCUGGGCCCCGCGGCGGCGGCCAGGCUAACGCGCGGCCCUUCCCCUUCCAGGUGCGGCUGCUGUGAGACGGGGCGGCGGGGAGAGCAUGGGACCGGCGGACCUGGCGCAAAAGAUCAGCAUUAGCGCCGAGAGCCCCCGGGGGAGCGAGAGGAACGAGGCCGGCGCCGCGCUGGCGGGGGCGGAGAGGGUCCCCCCCGGCACCUGGAGGCAGAAGUGCGCGGCCUAUGUGCUGGCGCUCAGACCCUGGAGCUUCAGUGCCUCCCUCACGCCCGUGGCCCUCGGCAGCGCGCUGGCGUACCGGGCUGAGGGAGCCUUAGACCCAGGGCUCUUGGUGGGAAGCGCCGUGACCGUCCUGGCUGUGCACGGAGCCGGCAACUUGGUGAACACCUACUACGACUUCUCCAAAGGCAUCGAUCACAAGAAGAGCGAUGACAGGACUCUGGUGGACCAGAUUUUGGAGCCUCAGGACGUGGUCCGGUUUGGAGUCUUCCUUUAUACUGUGGGCUGUAUUUGUGCAGCUGGGCUCUACGCCGUCUCAACGCUCAAGCUGGAGCACCUGGCCCUGAUAUACUUUGGAGGACUUUCCAGCUCCUUCCUUUAUACUGGAGGAAUUGGAUUUAAAUAUGUUGCACUUGGAGACGUGGUGAUCCUGAUCACCUUUGGGCCGCUGGCUGUCAUGUUUGCCCAUGCUGUGCAGGUUGGGUAUCUGUCUGUCUCACCACUGCUCUACGCUAUCCCACUAGCCCUCAGUACUGAGGCCAUCCUGCACAGCAACAACACUCGGGACAUGGAGUCUGACCGGCAGGCGGGUAUUGUCACCUUGGCCAUCCUCAUCGGCCCUGCCUUCUCCUAUAUUCUCUACACCGUGCUGCUCUUCCUGCCCUACCUGAUUUUCUGUGUGCUGGCCACACGCUAUACCAUCAGCAUGGCGCUGCCGCUGCUCACCAUCCCGAUGGCAUUUUCACUGGAGAGGCAGUUUCGGAGCCAGAGCUUCAACAAAAUUCCUCAGCGGACAGCCAAACUCAAUCUCCUCUUGGGGCUUUUCUAUGUUUUUGGUAUUACGCUAGCACCAGCCGGUGCUCUGCCCAAACUCUAACAAGAGCCAGGCCUCACAAUUCAGUAUUAAUGCCGAUUAAGAGGGGAUGAUGUGAGUAGAUGACCCAUUGUGGACAGCAGGAAGAAUGGAGAGACCGUCUGGAACUGUUGAUUGUGAAUUUUAUAAUUUCUGGUUUUGGUUAGUUUGUACAACGAACUUUAGGACAGUGGUUUGUCGGUUCUUUGGAGGGGAUGAACUGUACAGCUUUGCUUCAGGGGAGCGAGGCAACGUGAGGAGAAGGACAUGUCAACUUAAGGAAAGUAAGAUUGAGCCUCAAAUACAAACUCUUCUGUUCCCUUCACAAGCACAGCGGUUGCUCUUAUGACUCCGUUCCUUACCAUGGUCAAGGAGUCCCAAGGCUCCUGCAUGGUAAACAGAAAACACUGCCAAAUGUUUAGCUUCACAACGAUGUAGGUGCUAUUACUUCACUCCCUUGUGAGCGUAGUUCAUCUUCAUCUGUUGUAUGUUUUAAGCUUUGUUGGGUAUUUUUUUUUCCUAGCUGAAUUUUGAGCUUUUAUUUCCAAGCCCCCUGAAAUGCACUAGAUACUAAUUCAUUAACUGUUGCUUUUGCUUGGUCGUUAGAGUCUAGAAAUUUCAAAGUAAUGUGUCUCUGUGGGAUGUUGGUGCUAAAUUGGAGCAUGAAUAGCCCACUGCACAAAUUUUAAGCCAAAACCAGUAAAUUUAUAUUCUGCUAUGAAAGGUGAAGCUGUAAAUGCAAAUUGGGCAACUGAAAAGCCCUCAAUGCAUAGAAAAAUAAGUGGUUUCUGUCUUUGCAUUUGCUUAGAAUGUACUCUCUGAAAUUACAGUCUUGGAGUUAAGGGGGAGCCAACAGACAGAGUGACAGAUUCUCUGGCUGGGUAUGGAUUAAUGGAUACCUGAGUGGAAGAACAAAUCCUUAGUUUAAAAAAUAUUUAUUUUUUCAGUUCUCAUUCUCUGUUUGUUCGGAGACCCAGAGUAUCACAGCCAAAUGUCUUACUAUAAGAAGCCCAAAAAGAAGCUCAGUUGAGCAAAGGAGAAAGAUACAGGGUUAGAAAAAAGAAAUCAGGAUUAUUGCAUUGGCUCUGCAUAAAAUUUAGGACUGGAAACAGGAAGAAACCAUUUUUGUUAACAAGAUUUUUCCUAAUAGAGUCUAGAGUUUGUGUGACUGAAUCACAUUUAAAUGUUAAGUUAGCUCUGAAGCGAAGUUCCCCCUCUUUUUCCCCUUCUACACCUUACAGUGUUGUUCUGUUUUCUCCUGUUGAUCUUGCCACUUGAUAUUCAUGUAGUCAUUGGGAGAACUGAUUGUUUCAGCAAUUAUGUAGCAGUGUGAAAAACAUGCCAAACACAACUGGGGAAAAGUGUGACUUCUAGUGCAAAGACGAAUUUGAUCCAUAUCAUGCUGCUCAGUGGCAAUGGAAUUCUGUGUUGAAGAAAAAGUAUUUAUUUCCUGUACGCAGGGUUUUGGUGAAAGUUUGUUUUUUAGGAGUUGUAGAAAGGUUCAGAGGAAUUGAUAUAGGUGUUAAACUCGAGCUGUUGGUGCUUGGAGCAACCUAGCUUUUGAACCAAGUGGGAGCGUGCUAACCACUAUAUGAAGGGCUUUUAAAUGUGAGCAAUAAACUAGCAAUAAACUAGCAUGGUGUUAUCCUGUAUCUGUCAUAGGUAAGUUGCAUCCUUGUGUUUUUCAUCUGAAAGUGCUGAGUGUUAGAUUAGUGGAGUGUACUGGCAGUAGUAAAACUGAGUUGAUGGUACAAGAUUAAAUGGUAUAGAUAGUUAAGUGACUGUUUUUAUGGCUUCAUGUUAUCCAGUGUUACCCAGCUGUUGGUCUCCUGCUUUACAGCUGAACAGGAAGGUUUCUUUGCAGGUGUAUUUUAUGAGCCACAGUCUCAUCUUUUAUUAAAAUUGGGCAAAUGAUCUCUCUAAUCUGACUAGGCACAAGACAAGAGGAGAUGGAUUUAAGCAACUGGAUGGAGAUUAUCUAGGUUUUGGAAACUGUUUUCAAUACAGACGUAAGCAACACGGUAUCUACUGUUACUCCUCUCUGGACCUACAGAAGAAAGAAGAGCCUGGCUCUAAGACCCACUUCACUUCUGCAAAGCAAAAGCUUUUCUCGGGGUAUGGACUGAGCUGAUGACUCUGUUAACCUUGCCAUUGGGGAUAUGUGACUUUACUAGGUUAACCCAGCAUGGCUUUGUUGCUACCCUUUGUAGCAGCUGCGUGCUUUAUUUUAUGAUAGCUUGUUUUUGUGUAGCUAUCAGUUUAAACAAAUGGAUAAUUAUCUUUUUCUAUGCCUUUUACAUAAACUAGAGUACUCAAGCUAAAUUCCUUGAAGUAAUGAAUACUUGGCUCGUCUCUUUGGUGGCUUUAAUUGUAACAUGGAAAGAUCUAGGAUACGGUCAUUGGUGGAGUAGUGUAAGUAACUCUGGUUAUAUCUUGGCUACACUUUACUAGCAGGGAAAGCCACCUUUAGGAUGUCUGCUUGCUGCUGCAAAGGACCAGUGCUUUUUGCUACAGAGAUGAAGGAAGAGCUCACUAGUAUAUGUUUGUGGAUCACUGUUCACGGUGGGAGGGAUUCAAAGCAUUUUAAUAGUAAGAAUGAGAUGAAAAUUCAGUAAUUCCUUACAAGCAGAUGCUGGUUGCCUUCAAUUCCCUGUCUGUGAAAAACAAUAUCAUUCCAGAUUCUUAAGGAUAUCAAUAAUAAACAACUCAUUCUUCACUGUGGCUUUGAGGAAGUCAUUUAACUUCUCUUUGUCUCAGAAAAAACAGCUAAUUUUUGCCUACCUCAUAGGGAUGCUGAGCUGACAUCAUUGUCAUAGAGAGCUUUGAAAGUAAAAAGUGCUUUAUCUCUGUGUGCUUUUCAAAAAGCAUGUUAGUACUAGAAAAUAUUUUACAUUUAAACUAAUCUAACAGGUGACUUAACCAAUGUAAGUAGACCAAAAUAAUCUCCACAUAGACACUGAAUGUUAAGAGAGGUUUCUUUAUGAGUUUGUUUGUGAUGAGGAUGCUGGGUCUCUUUCCUUACCCCUCUCCUUCCUGUCCCGUGCUACUUUCCCUGAAUAUAGACUUUUUAAACUUCUUUCAGGUCUCUCUUGAUGAGCUGUUUUGCAAUAUGAUGUCUACACUGGUAGAUGAACAGAUCUGUAGCCCAUCUGUUAAUGUGUUCUAAAGCACCUCCUGGCCUUUCUUCUUAUACAAUAAAGUGUCUGAAUGUUAUUCUGUUAA